AUUGUCUCUGGACUUGAGGAUUAAACUCUCGUUGAAGCAUCUCCAAGCUUCCUGACAUUUAUCUUGGUCCUUGGACUGUCAAAAGCGGAGAAGUCUUGUCUCCGUGUUGUCUCGUGCCUAGUGGCAGAAUAAACUUCCAUCUCGUACUCGAAACUGUUUCCUCAUCCUCUGGGCAAGCCCCACCACUCUCCUUGAAUCAUCCUAGCCAUGGUAUCACCAGCUUCUAUGCCAUCGGCGUUGACCUUUGAACUGAUAGCUCGCUGCUCAACCACCAAAGCUCGUGCCGCACUUCUCGAACUGCCUCGCGGACCGGUCCAGCUACCACUGUUCAUGCCAGUUGCGACGCAGGCUUCACUGAAGGGAUUGACGCCGCAACAAUUGGAAGAGACAGGUUGCAGAUUAUGUCUGAAUAACACAUAUCACCUGGGACUCAAGCCUGGGCAAGAAGUGUUGGAGAAAGUCGGUGGCGCGCAUAAGCUGCAGGGAUGGAAUCACAAUAUCUUGACAGAUAGCGGAGGCUUUCAGAUGGUCAGUCUAUUGAAACUUGCGAAUAUUACGGAAGAGGGCGUGCGAUUCCUUAGUCCACACGAUGGAACACCGAUGCUCCUUACUCCCGAACACUCUAUUGCUCUGCAGAAUGCAAUAGGAAGUGAUAUAAUCAUGCAACUCGACGACGUCCUAGUAACAACCUCGCCGGACACGAAACGAAUGCGGGAAGCUAUGGAACGAAGUGUUCGAUGGCUGGACCGGUGCAUAGCUGCACAUGCGAAUCCGACAAGGCAGAACCUCUUCUGCAUUAUACAAGGUGGUCUUGAUCUCGAGAUGAGAAAGCAAUGCUGCGAAGAAAUGGUGGCCCGAGAUACACCUGGAAUCGCGAUUGGUGGGUUAAGUGGUGGUGAGGCAAAGGCAGACUACUGCCGUGUGGUGAACACAUGUACAAGCCUGCUGCCAGAACUGAAACCAAGAUAUGUGAUGGGUAUCGGAUAUCCAGAAGACCUCGUGGUUAGCGUUGCUCUAGGUGCCGAUAUGUUUGACUGUGUAUGGCCUACCAGAACAGCAAGAUUCGGAAAUGCCAUCACAAAAUAUGGCAUGCUGAAUCUACGGCAUGCUAGCUACGCGAAUGACUUUGGACCUGUUGAGGAAGGUUGCGGCUGCAUAUGCUGUCGUACAGGUGAGGGAAGUCUCGGAGUCACAAGGGCAUUUGUACAUCACGUUGCAGCAAAGGAAACAGUUGGAGCUCAUUUGCUUACAAUACACAACGUGUGGUAUCAAUUGGCUCUUAUGAGAAGUGUUCGACAAGCUAUCAUGGAGGAUAGAUUUCCUACUUUCUUGAAGCAGUUCUUCUUUGAUAAACAUGGAGGAGACAAAUCGAAAUACCCUGACUGGGCAGUAGAGGCAUUACUGACUGUGGGAGUAGAUUUGAUGGAGGACUGAGGAAAGUGAGCAGAGAAUAAGUAGAAAAUUAGACUUAGAUACCCCCGGAAAUGAUGUUAUGAUCUGAAAUGGCUCCGGAUUUAGCUGGCAAAUGUAAGUAUUUGAUCAGUCA